AUGGCUCCCGCAAGAUCAAAGAAGCGCGUUUCUGACCAGUCAACUGCCUCGACUAGGCAGCGCGGCAUCAAGGUGCCCGUCAAGGAAGAGCCGACCACACCCACCGAGCGCAGUCCUAUCAAGAAGAGAAGGGCCGGCAUUACACUGCACCAGAAGAGUACUUUGAUUGGCAAUCUGCAACUGGAGAUCACCGAGAGAGCUAGACGACUUCGUGCCCAAUAUCACCUUCAAGCCCAGGGCCUCCGAUCGCGAAUAGAAAUCCGCGUCAACAGAAUUCCUACUGCGCUACGGAAGAUGAAAAUGGGUGACUUAUUUCUCAAGUAUCUACAUCAGGAGCAAGCGGCUUUGCGACCUCCUGUGCCGGCCAAGGAUGGUCCACUGUCACGAACUACAGCCCAGAAACAAAGCUCGCGCCCGAAUACCGCUCGCAGCAACAAGCGUGUCAGCACCGAGAUUUGUGGCGGAGACAAGGAAAACGAAGUUGAUGGCGAAACAAUGAAGAAGCGCGUUCGCGCUGCCAUGCAAGACAACCCGGUUCGGCCGACGCAAAUUCUAUCACCGGCAUCAUCCAACUCGAGACUCGCCAACCGCGAGAUACCCAUGUCUCCUACCAGAUCAUACAUCAGCAGACCCGGAUCGCCCCUAAAGGCCGGCGGUGUGCGCUCUGCCGUUUCGGCUACGACUAUGCUGUCCAAUAUGGUGGAAAGGGCCAAGGCCGCACGCGCUGCAAGCACCAGAAAAGUCACUACUACAUCAUCCACCACUGCCAGCUCGAGGGGCGCCGCCGCACGUCCCGCCAGCGCAGCAAAGACACGAAAAGCUGCUCCACCGAAGCAGCAGCCCGCUCGUCCGGCAACACGCACUGGACGCCGAGUCAGCGCUCACAGUGAGACAAGCGAGGCAAGCAAUGGUACCGUGGUACGCAAGCCGGUUGCAUCCAAGGCCAGCACGGCAUCUACGAAGAAGUCAGUCAUGGGCAGCAUCCGCAAAGGUGUGGCCAACAGCAGAGCUACAGCUCCCACGACGAGCAGCUCCGGAAGAGUUCUCCGCAAGCGCACUUGA